AAGAGAGCCCCAGUGGAAACAACUCCACUCCGCAGCUCCUCCAGUAGGGAGACGUGGGGAGGGGGGAAGUAAGCCGGACAUGCCCAGUGGGGUUGGGCAAAGUUUUUUUUUCUUUUCUUUUUUUCUUCUCUCUCUCUCUCUUUUUUUUUUUUGGUCGCAAGUAGGAAGCUUUUUGCACUCCACCACCUCUGGCCGCUGGGAAGACGUCAUCGCUUCCGCCCUACUUCCUCCUCCUGUUGGCGGUGGUGAGAAUCCAAUAUGGAGUAAAACGGAGGAGGAGUAGGGAGAUGGGGCUCGGACGGGGCGCCCAGCACCGCCUCCUAGGCGCGCCUCCCCUCGCGGCGGACCGCUCCCCGGGACAGUGAUUGGUCCAGCUUCUCCCACCCUGGGGGCGACCCCCCGCCCCGGACCCCGAGCCCCCUCCUCACUCGGGGCAGACCCCUUCACCUCCCCUCCUCUCCUCCUCACAGCAGUUCUCUUCCACUCCUCCUCUCUUGGCUGCUUGUUUUUCUUGUCUUCGUCCCCUCCCCCUCCUUUCGUCCCCCUCCCCCCCAACCCAAAUCUCUUCUCAAUCCCCUCACUCUUGGAAACUGCACCUUCCGUGCUCCCUUCGAAUCCUCCUAGCUUCUUGCUUCAUUCUCCCCCUUUUUGGCACCAGACGCCAGUGUCUCCCACACUAACCCCCCCAUUUCAGCUCCCCCUUUCUCUGUGCUUUCCCCCUUCUGCUUUUCCUCCCUACUCUUUCCUUGCCCCCCUAAAACCUUAGCACUUUGCUGCUGGCUACUUGAAUUCACACCCUCUCAACUGUGCCCCCGUAAUCCCCAACCCCUCUUCUCCUGUCUCCUCCCUCCCCUCUUUUCCCCCCUCCCAAAUCAGGCGAUCUCUCGAAAUGUGAGGAAGGGGGGGGGUGGGUGGAUGGGAAGAUGAAGGGAACAGAGCUACCCGCUGCGGGGCAUUCAUCUAGGUGAACAAGAAAAUGACCGAAGAAACACACCCAGACGAUGACAGCUAUAUUGUUCGUGUCAAAGCUGUGGUUAUGACCCGAGAUGACUCCAGUGGGGGAUGGUUACCUCAAGAAGGAGGUGGUAUCAGUCGAGUUGGUGUCUGCAAGGUCAUGCACCCAGAAGGGAAUGGAAGAAGUGGUUUUCUCAUCCAUGGGGAACGACAGAGAGAUAAACUGGUGGUAUUGGAAUGCUAUGUAAGAAAAGACUUGGUCUACACGAAAGCAAACCCAACAUUUCAUCAUUGGAAAGUUGAUAAUAGAAAGUUUGGGCUUACUUUCCAAAGCCCAGCUGAUGCACGAGCCUUUGACAGAGGAGUGAGAAAAGCAAUAGAAGACCUGAUUGAAGGAUCUACAACUUCUUCUUCAACAAUCCAUAAUGAAGCCGAGCUCGGAGACGAUGACGUUUUUACAACAGCUACAGACAGUUCUUCUAAUUCUUCUCAAAAGAGGGAGCCACCCACCCGGACAAUCUCUUCUCCCAUGUCCUGUGAACACCGGAGUAUAUAUACCUUGGGCCAUAUCCAUGACCAAUAUAGCGCUGACCACUAUCAACUUGAACAACAGUCCAUCCCCAGAUCAUACCGACAGGUCAGUUUCCCAGAUGAUGAGGAGGAGAUCGUCCGCAUCAACCCUCGGGAGAAGAUCUGGAUAACGGGAUAUGAGGAUUACCGGCAUGCUCCUGUGAGGGGCAGAUACAUGGACACGUCAGAGGAUGUGGACUCCUACGUGCGCUUCGCCACCAAGGGGGAUGCCUCCAAGCACGACUACACCUACCCAUAUGUUGACCAUUCAGACUUCGACACGGGGGAUGACCGCAAAGGAGGGGGUGGAGGGGGCGUGAUUAAGACUCAGCCCAACCGAGGCAAGACCCGACGGCGGAAGGAGGAUGGGGAACGGUCGCGGUGCGUGUACUGUAGAGACAUGUUCAACCACGAAGAGAACCGAAGGGGUCAGUGUCAGGAUGCCCCUGACCCCAUCAGAACUUGCAUCCGCCGAGUCAGCUGUAUGUGGUGUGCAGACAGCAUGCUCUACCAUUGUAUGUCCGAUCCCGAGGGAGACUACACGGACCCUUGUUCCUGUGACACCAGCGAUGAAAAGUUUUGCCUCCGGUGGAUGGCCCUCAUCGCCUUGUCCUUCCUGGCCCCCUGUAUGUGCUGUUACCUGCCCCUCCGAGGCUGCUACAACUGCGGGGUGAUGUGUAGGUGCUGUGGUGGGAAACACAAAGCAGCCGGAUGAAGACAAUAGCCCUUUGCUCUAUCUCCCUCUCUCCUUACCAUUGACAGGGGUUGAUACCCCUGAAAUGGGAACCUCUUUGCCCUAGCCCUGCUAUACCUGGAGACAUCAUUCCAGCCUGGGGAACCCAUCUGAUGGGUCUGCCCCUUGAGCUCCAGCCAGCCACUCUUAAUUGUACACACACACACACACACACACACACACACACACACACACACACACACACACACACACCACCCCAGUGUUGUAAUGAAAUUAACCUUCGGCAUAGACUAUUGUAUUAUUAAUAAUCUGUAAUCCAACUGAUUGUCUUGUACAUGUUUAUAUUCCCUGUUCCUGCCCUCCCCGACCCUUCCCUCCUUCCAGCUUUCCACUUCAAAAGGAAGGAGGCUACCGUCUGAACUGUUGAUUUGCAGGGAAUUUUUUUGGUUUGGGGUUUUUGGAAGAGCAUCUCAAGACUGUCUCUUGUUAAGCUUUCCUUGACAAACCACCUGUACCCAAAUUUAGGGUACCUACCAAAAUAAGUGAGAAUGAUGAAAUCCCACCAGAAGUAUUUUAACCUGCAGUCAGUUAUUAUGUGUACAGAAGGUGUGCUAGCGUGUAUCACAACACGAUAUUGCUAUUACCAUUCUAAAGCCAAAUUUCUUAUGUCAUGUGAAUUGCAGUUCUGUUUUCAGUCCAUCAUCAUUUCUUUUGUAAAAAAAAAAUUGCGUUUAAAUUAUUCACUAAUGGAAAACAUCCAUUCAUGCAAAGACAAUGAGAAAUAAGCCUUAACAUCAGGAGGAGUCCUCAAACUUCAUGUGUUUCCAGCUAGUGCUGGAGAAGCCACUUAAGGUUUCUAUGAGCUACCCAAAUAAUUACAAAAAUAGAACUUAAAGGAUUUAUGUUUAAAACGGGGAGACAAUAUGAUGUAGUAGAAAAGACAAUGGACCUGGGUUCCAGUCCUAGCCCCAGGACAAAGAAGUUGGGUGUGACCUUGUGUGGUUCAAAGGAAAGGGCACCGGAUUUGAAAUCUGAGGACCUACCUAGGUUUGAAUUCUGGCUCUCUCACUUAUAGCCUAAGUGACGCUGAGCAAGACAUUUUACUUGUCUCAGCCUCAGUUUCCUCAUCUACAUAAUAAAAUGAGGGGCUGGGACCAGAAUGACCUAAAAUCCUUUCCCACUCUAAAUUAGUGAUUCUAUAUCACUUUACUUUCAAGGGGCCUCAAAUUCGUUAUCUAUAAAAUUAGGGGGCUGAUCCAGCUGAUUUCCUUCUCCAGAAUUCUGCAGUAUGAUGAUUCUAGGAUGGGAAUUAAAUGAUCACAUUCCUCCCUCAAGUUCUCCAUCUUAGAGUAAAACACUAACCUCUAAAUAAUUCCUGUUUUGCUCAUUGUUCUGCAAAUGGAUAGUAGGUAUCCAGGGCAGACACAAAAAACAGUUGUCAAGAUCCACUAGGAUUUUAGAGAAACACUAAGGUUGUGGUGAAUGAAACCAGAAGCUUUUUCGAAGUAAACUUUAUAUUAACUGUAUAGAGGGAAAAUUUUUAACCGUCAUAAAGCUUAAGAUUUUGUUUUGUUCUUGCAUUUCCUAAUCACUUCCACAUCACCAAAUUCCAAAUUUGUACUUGAAAAAAAAAUAAGGCCAUAUGUAAAAUACAAAAACUUCCCAAUG